AUGUCGCAUUCUCACCAUCACCACCACCACAUGCACCAUGAACAUGCCCGCGGCGACACGCUCCACCUGGGCUCACCCGCCAGUGGCGCAAGCCGGACAGUCCGCCUUGUCGAAAGAGCAAGCAGAGUCCUGCUUGCCCGCGACACUUCCACAUGUACCAGCAGCAGUGAGCCCGGUUGUGUGAAGCCGACCCAAGUGCCCAUGAUUGCCAUCGCACUGGCCAUAGUUGUGCCCGUUGUUGGUAUCUCUGUCGUGCUCAUAUUCUUACACCGUCGGAAUAAGCGGAAGCUCCGGGAGGAGGAUCAGAGGGACAAAUACAAGUCUAAUGAUUGGGGCAUGGAGGGUGUCGUGCCCAAGGCCGGCAAGAGCGGAGGCAAGAGUGGAGGUCCCGAGAUGUCAGUCUCGGAAAAGGAAAUCGCUGGAGGCCAUGACCGUGGACUGUCGAUUGAGACUGGAAGCCCGUACAUCCUGCCCGUCGGCCUGCAUGGCUCUCGCGAUUCGCUGCACUCCCUUUCCCGCUCGCAACAUGACCCCCACGACCCCUAUGGACCCGUCGCCUUCUUGAGGGAUGAUCAGAGCCUUCGCAGCCCAAGCCUCGCCGGAUACAAGGACAAUGGCUCCAUGUACACGACUUCGAGCGUAGGCACGAAGAAAGAAGGCCUCCAGGCCGGCCUCCUCCAAAACGCGCAAAGAAUGUCCACGUCGAACCCCGUCCGCGGCGACUCCAUGUCCCCUGAUGAGUCCAAGUCGGACUCCAAGUUUCUCGAAGCGGGAAUCCCUCUGAGCCCAUUGAACCCACGAUACGAUUCAGAGCCCCCUGCCGCCCCCGCCCCUGCCGCCUCGCCUUCCGGACCUACCACCCAGUACGCCACGUACAAGCCAACCACUGUCCCGACCAUCUCUAUCCCUGAUGUGACCGUGACGGAGAAGCAGGUCAACAAGUCACCGGCCCAGACGACCAACGAAGUCCCCUCGCUGCCUCGCAUCCAGUCUCAAGCGGUUGUGCUGGAGAAUGCCAACAACACUCACAGCAUCAUCAGCACGUCGAGCUACGGUGACGCGUUUGAGGUUACUCCGCCUUCGCCGCCGCGCAAUACCGAGCAGCCAGCCAUUGUCGCCCCCAAGCCCCGUUACUCGACCGGCCCUCAGAAUCUCGGCCUCGGAGUAGAUGACCUUGGCCGCAACACCAACCGUCUGUCGAUGAGCCUGCGUCCCAUGCCUUCUGAGGACCCCCUUGAGAACCCUGAAGAGCGCGCCAACCGUAUUCGAUCUUUCUACAAGGAAUACUUUGAUGACUCCAAGCCCGAGCCUGUUGGCGGACACCAGUACACUGACUACGUCGAGGACUAUGGCUCCGAGUACCAAGACGGCGCUGUGUUCGACCCACGCACCGGUGCCUUUGUUGUCGCGCAGCCCAACGCGCCAUUUGCCGAGCCCAUUACUCGCCGUGCCAUGACUCCUCCCCCUCGUGCGCCUCCUCGAUUCCGUAGCAACACGGGUACGGGACCCCGUGGCCCGCACAUGUCCAACGGAUCCGUCGUCUCGUCACAAUACCAGCCGCCUCGUGGCAUGUCGUCGAUGAGCGGACGUCUACCGCCGCCGAUGAAGAAGCCUCUUCCGCCGCCUGCCGCUCUGGCGUCGCUGCCGACGCCCGCCAAGCUCAACGAGAACUCAAUGGUGUUUGACGCUGCGGAUUUCGCGCCACCGGUUUCGUUCCGUGAAAGGCAAAAUGGCAUGCGACCGGACAGCCCGCUUGGUGGCGCUAGGCCGUACAGCCCAUCGGUGCGCCCUCACACACCACUGGUGGGUUCGUACGACGAGCUUCCGGUGCUGCCCAGCCCCCACCUGAUGCGCAAGUCUGGCACGUUUACGGCACUUGACUUUGCGCCGCCUGGACGCAUCCGCGAUCCCGCAGGCUCAGGCAUGUCGGAUGCCGGGUCGAUCCACUCGAACCGGUCUGGCAUCUCUGCGGCUGGCAGAUUUGCGGUUCGCAGCGGAGCCAACCGUGUCAGCAGGAUACCUCGAGAAAUCAUGGGUACCAAGGAUGACCUUGCCGUGACAUUAAGACCUAGGAUGAACAUGGUGUCGGGCGCCUAG